GCUGCAGGCUAGAGGCGUGAGCCGGCACCACUUCCCGCUCCGGGCGUUCUGGGUCCCCGCCCACCGCUAGUCAUGUGAGCCACCAAAAUGGCGGCGCUCGGGCGGGAGGCUGGGGCUGACCUGAAGGAAGCAGGUGUGGUGCGGGUGAGAGCCGAGGAAGCGCCCAAGGACAUCAGAAUGGCAACAUACACACAUGGUCAGCCCAGUCUUUCUCUGGAAGAUGCAAAACUCAGAAGACCAAUGAUCAUCGAAAUCAUAGAAAAAAAAAUUGAAUAUCUUAGAAAAGAAAAGACUUUAAAUAUAUAUGGCACAGCGUUCCUUGGAACAGCAGCUAGUUUCUCGGGAAUAAUGGCCAACUUCAUUUUCAGACAUUGCUUCAAGAUUAAACAUGAUGCUUUGAAGACGUAUGCAUCACUGACUACACUUCCGUUUUUGUCUACUGUAGUCACUUAUAAGCUCCUUGUUACGGAUGCUUUGUAUUUGGGCAAUAUAAGCCAGGAAAAUUGUGUUCUGAGAAGUUCACUUAUUAGCAUAAUAUGUGGUGUUUUAUAUCCCUGUGGUUUGGCUUUCUCUAAAAAUGGACGCCUUGCAGUCAAGUAUCAUACUGUUCCACUGCCACCAAAAGGAAGGGUUUUACUUUACUGGCUGCUGCUUUGUCAGACAGAGAUAAAAGCCAUGAUGAUUCCUCUAGUCUUAGAGACGGCCUUUGGAAUAUUUAAUGGUCUACAGCAUUAUGCAAGAUUUGAAAAUAGACGAGAAAACUGUACAUGAAGAUUAAUCAAAGAGUGAAUGGAUACUAAAUCAGCACAAUGGGGUUUUUUUAUGAUGAGGGCUCAGGCAUUGCUGAAGCAGUUAAAAGUAACUCUGGACAAUUUGUUUCUGUUCCUUUGCCUGGUAUACAGUGUACUCAAUAAAUAUUCAGUAAUUCAG